AUGCUCGGCUUGCAGGUUGAUGGCAUGAUUCUGAGCGUUGGAGCGGUUCCAAUCCGUGUUGGCCCUCGAAUUGCGACAGGAACAUCCUCUAGGACUGCUGUAUCUUGGGCAAUCAGUAAUAAAACUGUCCUCGCGUAUAGAUUGAGCAAAGUCCAUGUUGGUCGAGCAGGUGCCGUCAAGCCUGAAGAAGAGUAUCGGAAAGGCGCGCUGUUCGAUCGCGAGACGAGCUCCACCGAGGAUCCAUAUUACGCAAUUGCUGGCAACGUGGUAUCUUCUCCAGAGUUUGAGGAUUGGUUUUGCCGAAGUGUGACAGCCAUGUGCCCACGCUAUCCCACUGCUGGACUAGAGAAACCGAGCUUGAGCUUCUUUCGUGCACUCGAACCUUUGGCGUUCAAGAUUCUGGGUUGGCGUAAGAGGUUGCAGAUCUCAGCUGUUGUAAGCCUGGCUUCUCGAUCUUUCGAAGUACGUGUUCAGGCCAGGAGUGCCCCACUGCUUCGUCCAUUGCCGCAAAGUUGA